UUCUCGUUCACUCCCAACCUGCCUUCUCUUCGUCUUUGUUAAUUUUCUCAUUACCGACACAAAACACCUUCCUCUUUUCUUAUCAAGCAUUUUAUCUAUACAGCUCUCUCUUGUCAGCAUCGUUAAUGGCUUGUUUGGAGGUUUGUAAGGAGGGUAAGUUCAAAGAGGGACGAGAAGAAUGCACUUUUGAUGGAACAGUUGAUUGGCAUGGUCGUCCUGCUGUCAAAGCCAAAUCUGGGCAAUGGGUUGCUGGAAUUAUUAUACUUUUGAACCAAGGUCUAGCAACACUUGCAUUCUUUGGUGUUGGUGUGAACUUAGUUCUGUUCCUGACAAGGGUUUUGCAACAAAGCAAUGCCGAUGCUGCUAAUAACGUUAGCAAAUGGACCGGGACCGUCUACAUCUUCUCUCUUGUUGGUGCUUUCCUCAGCGAUUCCUACUGGGGAAGAUACAAAACCUGUGCAAUUUUUCAGGUCAUCUUUGUCAUAGGCCUAGUAAUCCUAUCACUCUCGUCAUACCUUUUCUUAAUCAGACCAAAAGGAUGUGGGAAUGAGCUGACUCCAUGUGGAUCCCAUUCAAGCAUGGAAGUUUCAUUGUUUUACCUCUCCAUUUACCUCGUUGCUCUGGGAAAUGGAGGGUAUCAACCUAACAUUGCUACAUUUGGGGCUGAUCAGUUUGAUGAAGAGGACCCCAGGGAAGGACAUUCCAAGGUUACAUUUUUUAGCUACUUCUACCUGGCUUUGAACCUCGGUUCCCUCUUUUCCAACACCAUAUUGGGGUAUUUUGAGGAUGAAGGGGCGUGGGCACUAGGAUUCUGGGCGUCUGCAGGUUCUGCCUUAGCAGCAUUGGUCUUGUUUCUAGGAGGAACAGCUAGAUACCGGCACUUCAAACCAAGUGGUAACCCUCUCUCCAGGUUGUGCCAAGUCAUCAUCGCUGCAAUGAAGAAAUGGAAGCUAGAGAUGCCACGAGAUGGAGAGGAGGAGCUGUAUAAUGUCCAUGCAAAAGAUUGCUCGAUGAAUGGCAACAGAAAGAUUCUCCACACUGAUGGAUUCAAGUUCUUGGAUAGAGCUGCUUUUAUCUCUUCAAGAGAUAUUGAUGAUCAAAAGAGGGGCUGUCGCAACCCAUGGCGUCUCUGCCCAAUUACACAAGUAGAAGAAGUUAAAUGCAUACUGAGACUACUCCCAAUUUGGCUCUGCACCAUAAUCUAUUCAGUGGUUUUCACACAGAUGGCCUCUCUGUUUGUUGAGCAGGGAGCUGCAAUGAAAACUACAGUAGCAAACUUCAAAAUCCCUCCUGCCAGCAUGUCUAGCUUCGAUAUUCUAAGUGUUGCGUUUUUCAUUUUCCUAUAUCGACGAGUUCUUGAUCCACUUGUAAGCAGAGUUAAAAAGACAGGUUCAAAAGGACUAACUGAACUUCAAAGAAUGGGUGUUGGCCUUGUGAUAGCAAUAGUGGCAAUGAUUUCGGCUGGGCUUGUGGAGUGUUAUAGACUCAGGUAUGCAAGAAAGGACUGCACACACUGUGAAGGCUCAAGCUCUUUGAGCAUCUUCUGGCAAGUUCCUCAGUAUGCACUUAUUGGAGCUUCUGAAGUUUUCAUGUAUGUUGGUCAACUGGAGUUCUUUAAUGCACAAACUCCUGACGGAUUAAAGAGCUUCGGGAGUGCACUUUGUAUGACAUCUAUCUCGCUAGGGAAUUACGUGAGUAGCUUGCUUGUGACUAUGGUUAUGAAGAUCUCGACUGAGGAUCACAUGCCCGGAUGGAUCCCCGGAAAUCUGAACAAAGGUCACCUGGAUAGGUUUUACUUCCUCUUAGCAACCUUGACAACGAUAGACUUAGUUGUGUAUAUGGCAUGUGCUAGGUGGUACAAGUCUAUCCAACUGGAAGGAAAGUGCGAGCUGAAUGAUCAGGAAGAGAACUUCAGAGUCUGAUGUACUAAAUAAAAUGUCACGGAAAAAUGUUAAUGCUUAUGGUACCAGCAUAUAUAUACAAAUGCAUACAUACAUAUAUAUAUAUAUAUAUAUAUAUAUAAGAGGGAGGGAUUGGGGUGACCGUUAACAUUUUGCAGAAAGUUCCUGUAUCAAAGGAAAAGGUGGGUCUAAAGGGGAGAGUGCAAGACCUUUUCGCUGAACUCCCAUGACACCCAUUUGUCUCAGUUUCUGCAACAUACUCCCCUUUUCACUCUGUUUCUGAGUUUUUCUGAAGUUAGGUUAAGUAGAAAAGAGUAUAAUGAGGCGGGCAGCUUUUGGUUCAACUUACCUCAUUCUAACCCGUUGAUUCUAUUGCAAGCCAUGGAACUAGCAUCAGUUUGUAUUGAAUUUUAUGUAAAAUGAGUUGGCUUGAUUGCUGUCUUUCUAGAAUGAUUUCCUAUUAUAUAUUUAA